CUUAAUCAAAAUCCAACUCUCCGAGUGCUUGAUAAAUUCCACAUACAGGCGCAGGACCCAUUUAGUUCAAUCCUUCUCUAUCGUCUUCCUUUACUGGCUUUAUUACUGUUCAUGAUUUCACCUCCCAUCAAACCCUACAAUAAUAAUACUAAUUAUAACUAAUAUUUCUACUAGUUUCUCAAGUUUUUUGAGUUUUUGUUUUGGGUCCUGCAAUAAUCUCUCUCUCAGUUAAUUUCUGUGAAAAUCUGCAAAGUUUUUCUGUGGUUUUUAUCAAUGGCUUCGUCCAGUGGGACAUCUUCAGGCUUCUCCUCCAUGAUUCGUCAAAACGCAGGCUCUGAGUCUUCAGGCUCUGAGUCCAUGAUUCAUCAAAACUCUGGCUCUGAGGAAGACUUGAUGGCUCUGAUGGACCAGAGGAAGAGGAAGAAAAUGAUUUGGAACCGGGAAUCGGCGAGGCGUUCUAGGAUGAGGAAGCAGAAGCAUUUGGAUGAUCUGACGGGCCAGAUCAGCCAGCUGGAGAAGGAGAACCGUCAGAUCAUCUCCAGCCUCUACAUCAAAAGCCAGCAUUACAUGAACAUUGAGGCAGAGAAAUCUGUUCUCAGAGCCCAAGCUGAUGAGCUCAGAAGCAGAUUGCAGUCCCUCAAUGAGAUUGCCAGUUUCUUGAAUGCAGACAAUGGUGGGCUCCAUGCAGCUGCUGCAGAUAUAAGCUGCUUCAAUGGUUUCUUCGACCCCUUGAGUGUGUCAAAUCUUAAUCAGCCUACUAUGGCCUCUGGUGAUAUAAGCUGCUUCAAUGAGCCUAAUAACAGUUUCUUCGACCCCUUGAAUCUGUCAAAUCUUAAUCAGCCUACUAUGAGCUGCUUCAAUAAGCCUAAUAACAGUUUCUUCGACCCCUCGAAUCUGUCAAAUCUUAAUCAGCCUACUAUGGUCUCUGCAGAUAUAAGCUGCUUCAAUGAGCAUAAUAACUGUUUCUUCGACCCCUCGAAUCUGUCAAAUCUUAGUCAGCCUACUAUGGUCUCUUCAGAUAUAAGCUGCUUCAAUGAGCCUAAUAACAGUUUAUUCGACCCCUCGAAUCUGUCAAAUCUUAAUCAGCCUACUAUGGCCUCUGCAGAUAUAAGCUACUUCAAUGAGCCUAAAUAACAGUUUCUUCGACCAAUCUUAAUCAGCCUACUAUGGUCUCUGCAGAUAUGUUUAACUACUGGUGGUGAUCGUGAUCGUGAUCGUGUUCGGUUUAUUUAUUUAUAUCCGUGUCGUGUUCGUGUGGACUUACUGAUACGAUGCGUAUGAGCUUAUUUGCAUUUUGGAUCGAUUGAUAGAAACUAGAGAGAGAGGUGUGUACUUUAUUUUACUAAGGAAUAAUUUUAUGUGUUAAAUGUAAAACAAAAGAGCUAUGGUGUUUGCUUUGGUCUCUUAUUACCAUCCAUUCUUCUCACACUCUUCUUUUUAUCUUAUUUUUUAUAUAAAAAAUUCAAAACAAAAUGUAAACGUAGCGUAAUCGCAAUCAUUUAAAUAGAAGGAGAUAGAAGGG